AUGCCGUGCCCGCCCGCGUUCGCCCUUCGUGACCAAGAGGACGACCGGGACUCACCCAGCGGCCCGUUUGUACUCGAGAAAGGCCUCUUCGACCUUGCGCGGGUCUUUGCUCAGGCGUCGCCUGUUCAGGCGGACGAGGCGACGUCGCUGUUUGAGCAGAUUCGGCAGUACCUCGAGGACUGCAAGGCGUCGAUCGACGGCUUGAAGGCGGACAAGGCCUCUCUGGAGGCCGAGUCGCAGGCGGCGGCGACGAAGGCCGCGGCAGCAGACGCAGAUGCGCAGGCGAAGGAGCGCGCGCUCGUCGGACGCGAGCAGGAGCUCGACGAGAGUCGCGAUUGCUGCGCUCGUCUCGAGGGCCUCGUCUCCCGCCUGAACGGUCUCGUGCAAGGCCUCGCUGGCGACGUCGCCAAGGAAGUCGGCGAAUUCGACCUUCCGACUCUGCGCAUUGCCUCUGCUGCUGCUCCUGCGGCGUCGCCCACCGGUGCCGGCGCGGACACCGUCGCGUUGGCAUAG